CCAGGUGACGUCAGCUCCGAAACACUCAACUAAACGAGUCAUUUCCACCCGCGUGAGCCUCUGUCGGAGAGUCCGGCCCGCCCGAAACAUUUCACACAGUUACAGCAUCUGAUCCGAGGAGUUGAACCGUCUUCAAUCUCCCCGUGACUCUCCGUCUCUCUGAAAAGCAUCGCACAUGGACGAGCCCUCAGCAAUGUCCGUGAAACCGGAGGCGGGAUCGCGAGUCUGGUGUGGGGACGAUACCGAGGAGACGGAUCUGUUCGGGAGCACCACGGGCCGCCGUGACGACUUAGGAAAGACGAUGGGAGACGUAGAGGACGAUUCAAGUGAAGAGGAGCAGUUGUUCAGUCAUCCUGAAAGUGCUCGGCAACCGCUCCCUGUUGUCAUGGAAACUGCCUCCACAGAUAAAUCUGAUUCAAACUUCCAUAAGAAGUCCACUGAUGAUGGGGACCUAUACACCUCCCUUGUGUCCAGUCAAAGUUACGUCUCACAAGAAGACACCUACUUUUCUGGCAAACUUGACAGAGCUGAAGAAAAACAUUCAACACAUACAGAAGACUUCCUCCUUGGCUCCCAUUCCCUCAUGUUGACCUCCGACUCCGGCAUCGAGAUAACUUCCACUGGAGAUCCAAAUGAUGGCACUCCCAAGAUUCAUGACUCUGAAAAAGAUUUUGACUCGUCUUACAAUUACAUGGACAUCAGUCAUAAGGAGGACUCCUUUGGACCACAGCACCCUCUGGGGGACUGGAAUAUGAGUGGCCUCUCAGAACCCACCCAGUAUACCAAAUUGGAGAAGAGCCCAUCACCUGUAGAAGUGGAUGCGGAUGAGCUCGGCUCUGCCGAAGUUUUGGAUUCUCAGACCUACCCAUAUGUGGAGGAACCAUCUGAUGAAGAACUGUCUGACUACCAGCCAUACCGCUCUCCGGGUACAGGUAGCGGUGCCAGCCCGGUAAAAAUCACCUUGACUGAAACUCCUCCAUCUAUAUCACCCAUCACAGUCCAGCAUAGCCCCAUAGUUUCAGAGAAGGAGAGCAUCCUGAGUCUGGGGCUUGAAGGAGUGCCCACCGUUACUCUCUCAGAACCUGAGGACGACAGCCCUGACUCAUCUACACCUCCUCUCACAGAAGAAUCUGACUCUCCAUCUGAUCCAAACAUUCAGGCUGUUGAAUUUGAAAUAAUAAGCUCCACCCAGGACAAAAUUCAGACGUCACCCAGCUUGCCAUCUCAGCCCGCUUUCAAGCAGGACAGAUCCCCAACAGAGGUGAAGAUCUCCCCCUCACAACCCUCCAGCUCCCCCAUCUUCGCUCCUCUGACUCCUGAUGUGGAGGGUAGCAGUGCAGAAUCUGGUGACUCUGAUGUUGAGUACGUGCCUGAAGAGCCUCUUCCACAAGCUCUUAGUUCUGACUACAUGAGCUUCAGUAGGAAGCCAGACAUCAUUCCAGCAUCUACCAUACCUUCCAUCCCAUCUUCUGCUCCUGCAUUUGCCUCUGGCUCUGCUAUGCAGUACAGCAUUUUAAGGGAGGAACGUGAGGCAGAACUGGACAGCGAAUUGGCUCUGGAGUCCUGUGGAGAAGAAAGUCCCAAGAAAUUAAGUCAUGAUUCUGCAAAGGGAAACUUGCAGCAGGUCAAAAAACCCACAACCCCUCCUUCUGCAAACACAGCACCCCUUGUGACUCCCACACCUCCUCAGGCUGCUCCAGCCCAAACUGUUACUCCUAAAGAUAAAACACCCAGUACCGAGGCGAAGCCCAAGCCUGGCAGCACAACCCCCGACUCCAAUCCGGGCCUGCCAGAUUUGAAGGUGGAGCAUCCUCCUGCGGAGGUGCCCAGAGGAGAGAGAAGACGCUCCAGUCAAGGCCACAGAGGCUCUGAUACACAGACCACACCGGCCACCGUCUUCCAGGGUAUAACCAAGGAGAAAGCGAUGGAGUUGCUGUACUGGCGGGACCUCAAGCAAAGUGGGGUGGUGUUUGGCAGUAUCUUGCUGUUGCUUUUCUCUCUGACGCAGUUCAGCGUAGUCAGUGUGGUGGCCUAUCUUGCUCUGGCUGCUCUCUCUGCAACCAUCAGCUUCAGAGUCUACAAGUCCGUGCUGCAGGCCGUGCAGAAGACAGAUGAGGGACAUCCCUUCAAAACAUAUCUGAGCGUGGAGAUGUCACUGUCCCAUGAUCAGAUGCAGAAGUAUGCAGAAAACGUCCAGUACUAUAUCAACACCACACUUAAAGAACUACGCAGACUGUUCCUGGUUCAGGAUUUGGUGGACUCACUAAAGUUUGCUGUGCUGAUGUGGUUGUUGACCUAUGUGGGAGCUCUCUUCAAUGGCCUCACUCUUCUUAUUAUGGUGGUGGUCUCCAUGUUCUCCAUGCCUGUGGUCUAUGAGAAAUACCAGGCACAAAUUGAUCAGUAUGUGGACCUCAUAAGGACCCAUGUCAAUUCUGUAGUGGCAAAGAUCCAAGAGAAGAUUCCUGGUGCCAAGCGAAAGGCUGAAUAGACCUCACAGGUUCCCACUUUCAGAAGAUCUAAAUGAUGAGCAAGGGUUCCUCUUUAAACACACACACACACACACACACAUAUAAAUCAGACACAAAUAUACAUCACUCGAACAUAGUUCAACUUUGUACACAUUGUGACGUCUAGAGCAACGGCCAAGCUGUGCAGGAGAAGUCCCAUCCUCGCCUUAUAACCACAGAAAAAAAUAGGGAAAAAGCAAAGCGUGCUGUCUCUCAAAUCGGGAUCUAGUGGGAAGUAUUGCAAAUUAAUGAACUGUAAAAGUAAAACAUGUCGUUCAAAUUGGAAAAGAGACUAGAUGUAAAUUUUUUGUGUUGCUCAUUUUGCUCAAGUGCAUGAAGUCAAGAGUCUCAAUGCUGAUAAAUUCUCUUUAUAUCUUUCGAUUCAUUUGUGCUUUCUCAGCUGUGCUGAAAGAUGUAUUUUCUCUGUAGUAUGUGAAGGAUCUCUCCAGCUUUACCGCUCUCCCGUGACCCUCUCUUUUUGUAAAAAAUAAAAGCUUUUUGUGUCUCUUGGGCGUUGGUGGGGCUUUUCCUCUUCCAUCACUAUACCCGUAAACACAACUAAUAUAAUCGUCAUUGUCAGCUAGACGCAUGGAUCUGCUGAGGUUCAUGAUAUUUGUACCGUUGGGCACAAACGCAACUAUUUAGCAACGUUUGAAUUAGAUAUGGUCGGCUCACUCGUAGCAUUUUGUUUUUUCUUCGUAGGACUCAAUAAUGGACCUACAGAGAUUCACGUUUUUAGGUGCUGUCAUUGAUUUUUUCGUACAGUAAAUGAACAAAAGAGAGUGAGGAGAUGGAAGCUUCAGUGAGCGAUUGCCAGUUAGAAUUUGUCAAUCUUUGUACUGUUGUUAAGUGUUGCUCAUUCUGUUAGCUAUUGACUCUUAACUAUUUGCACUUAAGAUGUACUCAAAAAAUGAAUGCGAAAAUAAAUGUUCUUAAAUGUA